AUGCAACCAAGAACUUUCAUUCAUCAAUUGCAUUCAAUUUUACAGGAACCUGAUUUACAUAAUCUCAUAUGUUGGUCACCAAUGGAAAAUAACAUUUUUUUACUAAAACCACAUGAUCCAAAUUUUAGUACCCAAGUACUUAAAAGGUACUUCAAACAUGGAAAUAUUAGCAGUUUCGUUAGACAGUUACAUAUGUAUGGUUUUCAUAAAUUGCCUUCUCAUAACCAUAUGACUAAUUCUACUGCUAAUACUACUACUACCGCGACAACCAUCAACAACAACGACAUGAAUUUUGAAAAUAGAGAUAAAGAUAAAGCAUCAGUGGAAUGGCAUUUCACUCACCCUUCUGGCCAUUUUUACAGAGAUGCCGAUGCUUCUACUUUGAAUAAAAUUCAACGAAAAUCAGCUGGCAUAGGAAAAGAUGGUAAAAGGAAAAAUGUACUGUCUCACGUCUCUGUCAGUUUUAUAAAUCCAACUUCUAAAAAUUUAUUACCAGCAACUUCAAGUGGUUUGAUGAAUUCGUCAUCUCCUUCCUCAGUUUCCGCUUCGACAACAAGUUCUCUAAGUCUCCCAUCAGGAAUAUCAUCAACUACAAGUAGUAGCACUGUAAAUAGUACUCCAAUAUUGUCUAAAAAUUUAAUUGGUCAAAAUCAAGUAUUCUUAAAUAAUCAAGAAGCUUCACACGUUGAACAGCAAAAUCAAAUUGUGUAUAGGCAGGAUUUACCGAAAAUUAGCCAACGGCAUUCCAGUUCAACUAGCUCGCUAGUCAGAAGUAUUCAAAAGCCAACACCAGUUGGUUCUGCCCCUCAUAAUCAUUCAUAUCCAAAUAUUGUGCAACAAACGUCACAAAAUUCUACACCGCCGAUGUUUAAAAGAGAGUUCACCUUGACAUCUGCUACUUCGACGCAACCUAUGUUACAUUCUGUGUCUCAAGGUCAAACACCGAAUAUAACAGAUUUAACAAGGGGUGGCACACCAAAUAUAAAAGAAAAUAGUCAUUUUGGAGCCGAGCAUGGUCAGUCUACUUAUGUUUUACCUCCUCCCCAGCCUCAAUCAUGGCCUGUUGCUACUCAACAAACAUUAACUCAAAAACAAAGUUCUCAGAAUGAUAACGCGUUUAUUGAUGAAUUUAAGAAAUUAGACUUGAAUAUUCAAGAAUUGAAAAAGUCAGUUACAAUAAUAACAGAUAUUUUAGAAAAUAUUUUCAUAUUUGAAGAUAAUGAUAUGAAUAAUAGUCAUACUAAUAAUAAUGAUAAUAAUGAUAACGAUACAACUACUAUCAACAUUUCACACAAUGUGGAGCUGAAAAAUAAACUAAAUGAAUUAAGGACAUUAGCAGAUACAUUUCUUAUUCCAGAAUCCAAGACAGACCAAGAACUGAUAGAAAUUAAAAAAUAA